AUGACGUUUAGGCUUCUUGACGCCAUUCUUGUGGGCCUUGAACGACUGCUUCUUCUUCGACAUUUUUAUCUGUGGGAAGAAAUAUGGAAGUGUCUAAGCGUAAAUCGUGGGAGGAAGAAAGUAGGGCAUGAAAAAAAGGGAGAGAGAGAGGUGAUUGAUACUGUAGAGUGUAGAGUACAUCUCAGGUCAGGCUUAUUAUCCGUCGAUUCCCAUUUUCCACACUCGCAGCAACAAAACGGUUUAUCUAAGGGUGUGAAAUUUGGAGAAUGUGUGAUUAUCAUCAGUGUUGAGGGGUUGGAAGGUUCAAUAGAAGUCUGCUGGGGAAUAAUAUCUAAGGCCUCUGAGGGGAUUAAGGAGGUUUGUUCUGGUUCAGAGGAGAUAGGGUAUGGCACUGUGGGUAACUGUUGUGACACUGUGGGUAACUGUUGA